UUUGUUACUUAUUUUGUGUCCGGUGCAACGCUGUCUUAUUAGCUGGCUUGCUCCCCUUGUGCUCAACCGAAAUUAUGGCAACAUGGCGAAAUUAGCAAGCCGCUAGCUUGAGUGGCUCGGGGUGGUCUUUGUAUUGAUCGAUUGGUCGCAGCAGCUGUUUGGUCUUUGCUUAUUUAGUUCCGCCUAUCAACACGCCCUUGUCCCUGUAAUAAAUAUCGAGUACCACAGCUCGCAGGGGCCAGUUUUCUGCUUCUCUCUUCCUGCUGCUGCCGCCUGUUCCCCUGACCGAGGUGCCCACCCUAUCCCUUCCACUUUCAGAAGACCAUGGAGACAGAAAUUGAACAGCAAGAAGAGACUUCAUUCAGCAACACAGAGACUAACGGUAAGCGCCCUGCUGAGGAUGCAGAUGAGCAGAAAUCAUUCAAGCGCUCCAGGAACUCGGACGAGAUGGUUGAGCUUCGCAUCCUCCUGCAGAGCAAAAAUGCAGGAGCUGUAAUUGGGAAGGGUGGCAAAAACAUCAAAGCCCUUCGUACAGACUACAAUGCCAGUGUGUCAGUCCCAGACAGCAGUGGGCCUGAGCGCAUCCUGAGCAUCAGUGCCGACAUCGAGACAGUUGGAGAAAUUCUGCUGAAGAUUAUCCCAACACUGGAAGAGUACCAGCAGUACAAUGGCAUGGAUUUUGAUUGUGAGCUGCGGCUGCUUAUCCACCAGAGCCUGGCUGGCUCAAUCAUUGGGGUGAAGGGAGCCAAGAUCAAGGAGCUCCGAGAGAACACAAAGACCAGCAUCAAGCUGUUUCAGGAGUGUUGUCCUCAGUCAACAGACCGGGUGGUGCUGGUCGGCGGUAAAACUGAGAGGGUGGUGGAGUGUAUCAAGACUAUGCUGGAGCUCAUCGCUGAAGCUCCCAUAAAGGGCCGUGCACAGCCAUAUGACCCUAAUUUCUACGAUGAAACGUAUGAAUAUGGUGGUUUCACCGUGAUGUUUGAAGAGAGGGCAGGUGGUCGCAGGCUAAUGGGUGGGUUCCCCAUGCGUGGGGGCAGGUCCAGCGGUGGAGACCGUGGGUUUGACCGAAUGCCCUCUAGCAGAGGGGGACGGGGACCCAUGCCUCCCUCCCGCCGGGAUUACGAUGAGAUGAGCCCCCGCAGAGGUCCUCCUCCACCCCACCCGAGCAGGGUUGGCAGGGGGAGUGGCCGUGGACGCAACAUGCCCAUGGGACACCCACACAGAGGAGGAGAUGAUCGAUACUAUGAAUCGUACCGUGGCUCAGAUGACAGGUCAAAUGACAGAAGAGGCAGACCGGAUCGCUAUAGCGAUAACAUGAGCGGAGGAGGAUAUGACAACAGUUCCUCUUGGGAUAGCUAUCAGUCAGGUGGACGUGGCUCCUAUAAUGACAUGGGCGGCCCUGUCAUCACCACACAAGUGACGAUCCCUAAAGAUCUGGCUGGCUCUAUCAUUGGUAAGGGAGGCCAGCGGAUCAAACAGAUCCGCCACGAGUCUGGAGCCUCCAUCAAGAUCGAUGAGCCUCUGGAAGGUUCUGAAGACCGAAUCAUCACCAUUACUGGCACCCAGGAUCAGAUCCAGAACGCCCAGUACCUUCUACAAAACAGUGUGAAGCAGUACUCUGGUCAUUUGCUGUAGACCCAGGAGACUCAGAUUGAAGCAGACUCAGAUUGCCCCCCACCCCCCCAACCUUUCUGCCCCUGUCCAACAUAUCCCCUUCAGACUAUUAUUCUGGAUUGUGGGUGUCUUUUUUGAAUUUUAUUUUUGUAUUUUUUAAUGAAAUAAAUGUCCAACAUUCCUGUGCAUAAAAGAAAAUGGAGAUGUUCUGCAUUUUUUUAAGAGUGUAGUCAAUUAGUUUAUCAGAUACACUUUGCUUUUUUUUUUUUUCAACACACAUCUAUCAAAAAAUACUUCAGUCUCCUGACAGACAAAAAUAAACAUUACCUUUUAUUUUUUGAUGGGUUUGUUUUGUAUGACUUGUAUGUGUAUGUUUGUGUCUCCAGUUUAAAUCUGUCCUGUAUGUGUGUACGCGUGUGCGAGCAUGUCAGCGUGUGUGGGUUGGUGUGCUUUCUGUUGUCUAUAUCAGUCCCUUCACACACAGUUGUACCACAUUACUACUCUGUGCAACAUGCAGAAUGUAAGCUAUGUUUCUUUUCUUAUUGAACAAUUUGUUUUUGUUUUUAGAAAUGUGGGAAAUUUUACCUUUUUUAAGAAUGGAUUUUGGGAUGUUUAAGUUGGGACUCUUGUACACACCAGAUACAGGACAGUCUGACUAAUUUGUAAGAAUAUCCAUGGUAGUUGUGUGAUUAAAUAAAUCUGAAUAAUUUGAGCAACUCCUCACAAAUGGAAACAUGUAGCUAGAAAUUUGUUUUGACAUUUUAUUGGAGAUUUGACAAAUGAUACUGAACUUAUCUAUUUUGUCCCUGCAAUUUCCUGUUCUCUACACUUGUUUUCUCUCCAUGCUGUAGACUUCACAUUGUCAAAUUGUAAAAUGAAUAAAGAUGGUGCCACUUUUUACUGAA